AUGACUUCCCAUCAGUACGACGUUGUGCUCUACGGUGCUACGGGCUUCACCGGAAGCCUUGCUGCCCAGUAUCUUGCUGCUCAUCCCCAGAACCCACGACUCGCGUUUGCAGGCAGAAAUGAAGCCAAGAUCCGUGACGUGAUCAGCAAGCUCAAGGACAUUCCCCAGGAACGCCGCGAGAGCAUCGGUGUGAUCAAGGCAUCCAUGGACGACAAGGCGAGCUUGAAGCACAUGGCGCAGUCGGCAAAGGUCGUGCUGAAUAUGGUCGGCCCCUACGCUAUGCUUGGUGGCUUUGAGGUGGCACAGGCCGCUGCAGAGAAUGGCUGCGGGUAUGUCGACCUGGCCGGCGAGUCGAACGUGUACGAGCGUGUGGCCAAGGAGCUGCACUCUGUUGCACAGAGCACCAAGGCGAUCCUUGUCCCUUCUUCGGGCUUUGAUUCGCUGCCGUUUGAUUUGAGCACGUACCUUGCCGUCCAACAAGUCAAGCAGAGUACAGGCCCGUCGACGAGCGUGAAAGAUGUGCUCCUGGGCUACCACGUUCAAGGGACUGUUUCGGGGGGCACGAUUGCGAGUCUUGUUGAGAUGGGAAACGAAAGCCCGAAUCUGAUAAAGUACACGGACUUGUACAUGGGCAGCCCGAUUGUCGGCACGCAAAAGCCUGAGCAGUACAAGUCGCGCAAGCUGCCACAGUUUGACGGCUGGGGUGGCUACUCGCUCUUUGCACCGCACAAUACGCGCGUCGUGAACCGCUCCUGGGGUCUUUUGCAGGUCGCGAAUGCCGAGCAGCAGUACGGCAAGAAUUUUACGUACCUCGAAGGGCUGGUGGCCUCGUCGCGUAUUACUGCGGUAUCUAUGUCGACCAUAUUUAUCAACGUGGCACGCCUCGUUUCCUCGUCCAAGUUCUUUGGUAAGAUGCUCACGCGCCACAUUCCGCAGGGAUCCGGUGGCUCGAUGAAAGACCAACUUAAGGGCUUUGCCGACUUGCGCACAGUCGCCACAAGCGAGGACGGCAAGACAAAGGGCUUGUCGACGAUGAAGAUCAAGGGUGACCCCGGCUACUUGAAGACCGCUGCGAUGAUUUCAGAGACGACGCUUGCUAUUGCGCUUGAUCGCGAGCAUCUCUCGCCGCUUGCGCAGCAGGGCGGUGUACUUACGCCGGCUACGAUUGGCGGUGAACAUUUGCGCGACCGCUUGGUCAAAUAUGCCGACAUUCAGUUCACGUCGAAGGAUGUGUCCGAUAUGAAAAAGUAUUAA